CCCAGUUUAGACGUUAUGCUACAUUGAGCGCUCACUCAUGCGCUCGCACUUUAAUUCUAUGGCUGUAAAAAUGCUGCGCGCCAUUUCCAGUCACAGGGCUUCAUGGAGACAGUUACCUGAAGAAAAAAGGCUGAAUUUUCACUUCGGAAUGUUUGUCCUUUUCCCAAAGUGUUGAAAUUAGCAGGAGGAGAGAAAAGCUCCGAAUGUGUGGUCACGACUCAGCACGCAACGCCCUUCGUCAUGAUGAGAAUCACGUCAGAAUUUCUCGUGGUGACGUGAACCUGGGUUAGCAUCACGCUACACGAGGCUUUUAUAUUACUAAUGGCAUUAUAACCCCUCGCUCUAUUUUCCACGUUGGACUAUGAUAUGCACUUAUAAAAGUGAAUCUGGCACUUACCGGAAACUAUUUCAAGCAUUGCACUGGUCGUAAAUCUGCCGGUAUUUUUCCUCAUUAGUUCAUAUUUUUGGAUUUGUUUCAAAAACAUCGUUUCGAAAUACAUUUUACGCAAUUCAUCGCAUUGUGUGGACGCAUCGCGUAUUUGGAGAGCAUGCUGUCAAGAAGAAGUGGUUGUUCAUUUUAAAUCGCGUUGCGCGCAGAGCAGACGCCACGCAGUUUUGUGGUACCUGUGGACAACCGAGAUUUAAGACAGGCGGAUACCUGAGUGAAGAGGGGGCAACGAUCUUAACGCCUUGUUCGUGUUUCCGUUGAAUGCUCAAUUGGAUUUGCAACAGCAAACUGAAGAGUCGCCAGGACGCUUUCAGCACCACGUCUCUGAACAGCUCCCGUUUCCCGCUGGCUUGUUUUUCUGUCUGGAUGGGCACUAUCUGUCUCCGUCUUUCGUAGUUGUGACUGACUGCAAUGGCUUCUAGCGGGUUUUGGUCUCUCGGUGGCCAAAAUGCUGAUAACCCCGGCAACCAAAGCCCCAGUGCAACAAGAGCAUGGUGCCAGGCAGCGGCCCAGAAAUUUCCCGGAGGUCUUGGAUCGAAAUUAUGUGCAAUGCUAAACGUCGGCGAGGAAGAGAAACCAGCAGACACACCGACCAAACAAGAGCAGGAGACACUGGAUGAGACCUGCGGUUGCAAUAAACCAUGUAAUUGUUCUAAAGCAGCAACCGGCUUUUCCGAUCUCUACUCAACAGAUCUUCUUCCUGCUUUGGAUGGAGAUGCGAAGACAAUGACUUUCCUCCAGGAGGUCGUGGAUAUCUUGUUAGCCUAUAUUGUGGAGUCCUUCGAUAGGUCAACGAAAGUCAUCGAUUUUCACUACCCCAAUGAAUUACUCCAAAGAAACAACUGGGAACUUUCCGACGACCCUGAGAGCCUGGAUGAUAUCCUUGUAAGUUGUCGGGCCACCCUGAAAUACGCCAUUAAAACAGCGCACCCCAGGUAUUUCAAUCAACUCUCCACUGGAUUAGACAUGGUCGGCCUGGCGGCAGAUUGGUUGACAUCGACUGCCAAUACCAAUAUGUUCACCUAUGAGGUGGCGCCGGUGUUCGUGCUGCUGGAGUACGUCACGCUCAAGAAGAUGAGGGAGAUCAUUGGCUGGCCUGAGGGCCGCGGGGACGGAAUCUUCUCUCCUGGUGGCGCCAUAUCCAACAUGUACGCCAUGCUGCUGGCACGCUUCAAGAUGUUCCCUGAAGUGAAGGAAAAAGGAAUGUCGUCAAUCCCCAAACUAGCAGCCUUCACCUCAGAGCAUAGCCAUUUCUCCAUCAAAAAAGGUGCUGCUGCCCUUGGCAUCGGGACAGAAAGCGUCAUCUGCAUCAAGGUGGAUGAGACAGGGAAGAUGAUACCAUCUGACCUUGAGAAGAAGAUCCUGGAAGCGAAGCAGAAGGGCCUCGUCCCGUUCUUUGUGAGCGCCACGGCCGGCACCACUGUCUACGGAGCCUUUGAUCCUCUCAUCGCCAUUUCUGACAUCUGCAAGAAAUACAACGUCUGGUUCCACGUGGACGGUGCCUGGGGAGGCAGUCUGCUCAUGUCACAGAAACACCGGGGGAAGCUGAACGGGGUUGAGAGAGCCAAUUCAAUGACAUGGAACCCCCACAAGAUGAUGGCCGUCCCACUGCAGUGUUCUGCCCUCCUGGUCAGAGAAGAGGGCCUGAUGCAGAAUUGCAACCAGAUGCACCGGUUCUACCUGUUCCAGCAGGACAAGCACUACGACCUAUCCUACGACACGGGGGACAAGGCCCUGCAGUGCGGACGUCACGUGGACAUCUUCAAGCUCUGGCUCAUGUGGAGGGCCAAGGGCACCAUCGGUUUUGAAGCUCAGAUUGACAAG